GUCUCGAGUCAGGCAGCGAGCACUCAGUGCGGUUCACUCGUUUGGUGCAGACGCGGGAACAGAAGAGACAUCGGGAGGCCUGCUCCCGCGCUCUGCUGCUGCCGCUACUGCUGCGCAUUCUGACAAGCGAUGGCACGAAUCCAUCCUCUCGGCACAGCGCAUCCUUACCGCCUUUGCAUGUCGAAGCAUCGUAGGCCCACUGACGAAAAACCUUGUCUUUCUCGGACGACUUCACUGCCCUCACCACAACGCAACAGUCCAGGUCGCAAUUCAGAGCUCUCCGCUACUCGCCUUUCAGUGAAGCUCCGACGAUACUCCAGGCCUUGGUGCAGGCUCGCGAGAAGCAAGGUUCACCAAGAGCUCAGCGCACACUCGGCAGUGUCUUUAAAGCCGACACAUUCUCACCACUUCGCCCUUCGCAUCAACUUUAACAAGUCAAUUUCCAUCAUCAACAUGUCCGAGCCUCGCCGGAAGGCAAAGCUGGACCUGGACAAGUCUUCUCGCGCGCAGGAGCGCACCCCUGCCAGCGAAUCUAGAGCUGCGAAGCAUAGACACGAGACCGCUCGAGAGAAGGCCCGUCAGGGUCAAGCUGUGAGAAGCGGCUCGCCAUCGCUCAAUCGCUCAGCCGCACGCGCUCUUUCGCGCUCUUUCGAAUCUUCGACCCCUCGCUUGGGAUCCGACGAAGAUCGAUACAGCCCUCAAACGUUAUCCGAACCGGUCUAUCAAGGAUCCUAUGCUCGCAGCCCAUUGCCGCUCAGCGGCUCGGAAGAGAAACUGGCGGAUCAAGACGAAGUAAACUCGUGGCCUUCCGAGUCGGAGGAUGCUGAAGCGACGGAGGUUGCGGUAACUUCGGGCAGAGUCUUGGUCAGUCCAAGCCAUCCGUGCGAGACGUUGCGCUAUUGCAGACAUUUGACGCCGUCUAGAGGCUUCGCAUUCCGAAAUAGCACGAUGUCGAGCUCGAUUGAGCGGCGGAACGCAGUGCUGGGGGUGCAAGUGCGGGUCGCGAUGUCGAGCAUCCCGCCCUCACGGGCACAGCUUGGCUUAGCGAUAAGCAGCACAAAAGAGCGACGGAGAGAUGGCUGGAGGAAGUUCGAUUGCGUCUGAGGGCGGAGAUGCGGGUGGAAAGGCUCGAAGAGGAGCUUGCACAGACGAAGGCAAAGGUAGAGCGCAUCGAGACCAGCUACAAUGAGGAGAAGAUUCAAGAGAGGGAGCGCUUCGAUGCUCUCGCCGUAGAGCUUAGCAUCGCAAGGUGCCAGAUUGAGGAUCUGCAAGAAGACCUGGACAGCGCAAGUGCCGAGCAAGAGAUACAAGGAAAGA